CGGGGCCUGGCCCGGGCCGUUGCGUUCUGCAGCGGGUGUAGCGAGAGAGUGAGCGAGUCCCGUGCUGCGCAGUCGGACGCUCACUGGGCAGCCAGCGGGCGACGUGGGCCUUGGGAUCGUCCAGCAGGACGCAGAGCAGGUCGUCCUCCAGAACUGAGCUCUGAGCCGCUGCGCAGGCCGGCGCUGCUGUGACCCGAGGCCACUGGACAGCCCUCAGGCAGCUCCCGGACCAGCAGGAUGGGCUCAGCCUGCCUGAAAGUCACCAAGUACUUCCUCUUCCUCUUCAACCUGCUCUUUUUUAUCCUGGGCGCCGUGAUUCUGGGCUUCGGGGUGUGGAUUCUGGCCGACAAGAGCAGCUUCAUCUCUGUCCUGCAGGCCUCCUCCAGCUCGCUCAAUGUGGGCGCCUACAUCUUCAUCGGCGUGGGCGCCGUCACCAUGGUCAUGGGCUUCCUGGGCUGCAUCGGCGCUGUCAACGAGGUCCGCUGCCUGCUGGGACUGUACUUCGCCUUCCUCCUGCUGAUCCUCAUCGCCCAGGUGGCUGCUGGGGCCUUGUUCUACUUCAACAUGGGUCAGCUGAGGCAGGAGAUGGGCGACAUCGUGAUCAAGCUCAUCCAGGAAUACAAGGACGAUGAGGAGAACAGCCUGCAGGACGCCUGGGACUACGUGCAGGCCCAGGCACAGUGCUGCGGCUGGGUCAGCUUCCGGAACUGGACCGAAAACGCGGUGCUCAUGAACCACACCAACAUCACCUUCCCCUGCUCCUGCGAGGACAGGGAGGGCCAGGGCGAUGGCCGCCUCCUGGUCAGCAAGGGCUUCUGCCACGUGCCUAGGAACGACACCCAGAGCGACAACAACGUGGAGUUGUGGCCAGUGUACCAGGAGGGCUGCAUGAAGAAGGUGCAGGAGUGGCUGAAGGAGAACCUGGGCGUCAUCCUGGGCGUGUGUGCCGGCGUCGCUGUCGUGGAGCUCCUGGGCAUGGUGCUGUCCAUCUGCCUGUGCCGGCACGUGCACACCGAGGACUACAGCAAAGUUCCCAAGUACUGAGAACGCCGGGGGGGCCCCCACUGCCCUCUGCCCCGGGUCCCCCCGCCCCACCUCCAGACCCACCUGCCACCUCACUGCCAAGAGCCCUCCCCCCGCCCCCGGCCAGCCUGGGUGGGCCGGAGCCCCGCCCCGCCUCACUGCCUUGAUGCUGCCAGCCUGGAGCCGAGCACUGCCGAGGGAGUCCCCCCGCCGCCCUCCCUCCCUCACUUAGCAAGUCGGAGAACAUGUUCCUUCCGCCCUCCCUCCGUGUGGGAGCCCCGCUCAGACGGGACGGGCCUGUUCUGGGGGCUGUCUUUAUUCCGGGGGUGCUGUAUUAAAGGUGGGUGGAGGGUCUGGCCCACCACCGGGUGUCUGUCUGUCCGGGGGCGAGCGCUCCUGAACGCCCAGUGUCUGUCUGUCUUUGGUGUCCACUGAAGGAGGUGGGACGGGGUGGGGUGGGGCUCUUACAUGGGAGCGGAACCCCGAGCCCCCCAUGAGCCCGCGACACCCCCCCACCCCAGCAGCUCAGAGUGGGGGCGGGGACUUCCCAGGGGGGAGUCCCAUGGCCCAGAGCUGGCCCCAGGGGUCCCAGGGAAUAAUAAGGGGUGUUGCCUUCUCCCCCUCUCCUCAGAAGCUAGGCUGGCCUGGGCUUGGCCCCUGGGGAUUGGGGGGCCGGGGUGGGGGGGAAGGGGGGCACGGGGAGUCAGGGGCUCGGGGCAGAGUUCAGGACCGUGCGCCUGGGAUCCAGCA